GAUCAUCUUGAGUAUAUAUACCUACUCUAUAUUCCUUGCUUUUUUUACUAACGAUUUCCAUUUCACAUACCACUUUUAAGUUUCUAAAUAUUCAAAUUCCAAUUCCUUCUUUUUCUAUACAUAAUACAAGCAUUCACAAUGCCUACCGUCCACGGGAAAACAGACCCAGCGAUCCUCUCCCAAUUCGAAAAAGACAUCAAAGACGUCCAUCUCAUUUACGACUACGCAGCUCAGGACGCGAACGGAAAUCCCGAGAAAUGGAAAUAUGAGAUGUACUUCGCUCACCCUACCCUAAUAAUCUACGCCAUCCAUGGAGGGCCCAUGGCCGGUCGCGUCAACUACCAACGCUGUUCCUUCCAGUGCAUCCGUCCCGGUGCUCUCUGGCAAUGCAACUGGCUUGAAGAAACCGGAACAAUCUGCUCUCUUGUCUACGAUAUCCCCAAUAAGAAAAUCAGUACUUUACUUGCAUUCUCGCAAGGACAUUGGGAACACGCAAAGGAAGCACACGGGGAUAAGCGAAACUCGAAAGAUUUCGAACGGUGGAGAAAGUUGGGGAAGAUUGGAGGACCAACGGAUAGGUAUUUGCUGAAUGAGCAGGCGGAUAUUCUGGAGUGUUUUAAGGGGAAGGGAGAUUUGGAGUGGGUGGAGGAGGAUGUGGAGACUAUGUGAGGAGUUGGGUUGGACCACAAUUUACAUAGAAUAAAUAAUGUAUAAAACGUGUAACAACACCAGUAAAGAAAGCGCAGCAAUAAAUUUCAGGUUAUAUCA